AUGGUCGCCAUCCACCCCGAAGCGAGCACCUCUGAAAUCAAGCACAAGAAAAGCCGCCGGAAAAUGGCGAAGAAGCCCGCUCGGAUCGCCCCUGCAGAAGGCACGGAAGACCUUGAGAUGGAGGAGGGCCAACCCGCCAGUGCAGAGGAGGCUCCUGCGGACGAGGAGCAACACGAGACGAACUGGAACGACCAAGAUGACGAAGUGAUGAUCGACACCGACGCCGCGGCACCACCCCCCACAGACGCACCCGCAUUCCCUCCCCUCCCCGCAUCGGCGCAGCGGUCCGCCCUCAAAUCCGAGGUCCGCAGGAUACCUAUGCCCCCUCAUCGCAUGACGCCUUUGAAGAAGGAAUGGGUGAACAUCUUUUCGCCCUUGACAGAGAUUCUGCAGCUGCAAGUCCGUAUGAACGUGCGGCGGAAGUGUGUGGAGAUCCGAACGUCCAAGCAUACCAAGGAUGUCGGUGCCAUCCAAAAAGGCGCGGACUUUGUAAAGGCCUUCGCUCUGGGUUUUGAUGUCCAUGACUCGAUUGCUCUCUUGCGGCUUGAUGAUCUCUACCUCGACUCUUUCGAGAUCAAGGACGUUAAGACGCUCCACGGAGAUCAUCUUUCCCGUGCGAUCGGUCGCAUUGCCGGUCAAGACGGUAAGACGAAGUUCACCAUUGAGAACACGAGCAGGACUCGCAUUGUCCUCGCCGACACUAAAAUCCACAUCCUGGGCUCGUUCCAGAACAUCAAAAUCGCUCGCGACGCCAUUAGGGCUCUUUGA